AUGGAGCUUAAUUUAAUUACUUUUCUAUUUUUAAUUUUCAUGUUAGUGGCGCUUUCAUCAAAUACACUCGCUGCUUCUACUACAAAUGGAAAGUUAUUGAAAUUCUAUCCAAUUACAAAACAACAGUACAGGGACAUACUUGCAUUAACUAAGCAGCAAUCGACGAUACAUGAAACAGAUGUUAUGGAAACUCAUCGUUCCUUGGCAGAUUGGAGUAACAGCUUACAUAGUAGCUGGAAUACUUUAUUCAAUGUUACAGGUGACAGCCUCAAUAAGAGUUUGGGACAAAAAGAGGAUAGAGCUUAUCCGAUUUGUGUUAUUAAAACACAAGACCACAUGCGUCGAAAACGUGGUGCUAGACAAUAUGAUUAUAAUAAUGGUUACGCUGGUUUAGCACCUAAUGUUGUAUACCCGGGAUUCUCAUAUUAUGGAAGACCACCAUACCACAGGCAGUCUCACUACGGAUAUCCACAAUAUGGUUAUUAUCAAACACCAUAUGAAGAAGAAAAUAUCGAUGACGAAGCUGCAAAUGACGGUGAAGAUACUGAAAAUAAUGAAACUGCACCUGAAGAGAUGCCAAAUGAAAAUGGCAAUGUUCCCGACAAAGAAUCAAAUUCUCCCAUUAUAAAUUGUGUUGUUAUAAUUCGCCGUAAGAAUCAAGUUAUUAAUAAACCUAUUAAUCCAGAAACUGACAUCUCAGACGACACUAACGACGUCGAUGAGUAUUCUCCACCAUCUUAUGGACACUCGCAAUAUCCUCAUUAUCCAUACCCCUACCCUCCACAACAUCUACCAUUGUAUCCGUACCCUCCACAUGGCCACUAUCCCUACUCCCCUCAUCACCAUCCAUAUGGAAAUUCUCAUCCUUCCUCCAGAAGCAAUAAAAUUUCAGACAUGAACCCUGGAACUAUGGUUCAGUAUCAACAAAUGAUUGCAGAAUACUAUAGGCAUUUACAUGCCCUUUAUAUGGCGGAUGCAACCACUGGUAUUGCAAAAAGUCAUGAUCAUCCCGAUUAUUUUGAUGAUGAUCUUGAAGAAUACGAUGACAAAGAAAUCGGACAAUCAAGAGAGUGAU